CUUGCCCCCAAAUUGGUGACGUGUACACGUAACCGUAGCCUCCAUAUAUAAACCCCCUUCUUCUCUUUCGUUCUCAUCCAUUUCCUCUCCACUUUCCACCGAUUUCAGACACAUACACACACUCUCACUUACUCUCUCCGAUUAUCUCUGCUCUUACUCCAUAUCCGCUUCGGCUUUCUACUCAAAAUCUCGUUUCGUUGGAUCUUAUCGUUUCGCGGUUUUUUCUCUUUUACUAUCACCGCCGCCGCAGAGUUUUCCGAUUGGAGAAUCCGGUUGGUUUUCUUCCUGUGUUGGCUCGAGAUCCGGGCCAAGCACAGAAGAGUACCGGUUCUCGAUUCGCCAUUUCUGUGAGUAGUUUCCUCUUCGGGGAGAUUUGUUUUUAUUAAGAUUUUGAGGGUUUUAUCAGUGAAAUGGCAUCUGGCGAGGGGUUUCUUACGGAUGGACAGAGGGAGAUUCUCAAGAUCGCUAGUCAGAACGCAGAAAAUCUGUCGUCGUCGCCGAAAUCGCCAUCGUCGCUGCUUUCAUCUGAGCAUCAUCAUGUUAAGGCUCCUGCUGGCGGCGGAAAGGCUCAAACCGCUGGGAUUGCUGUGAGACACGUUCGUCGGUCUCACUCCGGGAAGUUAGUGAGAGUGAAGAAAGAUGGUGCUGGUGGUAAGGGUACUUGGGGGAAAUUGCUUGAUACUGAAGGUGAAGCUCACCUAGAUCGUAAUGAUCCAAAUUAUGACAGUGGCGAGGAACCCUAUCAGUUAGUUGGAUCUACAGUGAUGGACCCCUUGGAUGAUUUCAAGAAAGCCGUGGUAUCUAUCAUAGAGGAAUAUUUCAGUACUGGGGAUGUGGAUGUGGCUGCGUCUGACCUCAAAGAACUUGGAUCUAGUGAAUAUUAUCCAUAUUUUAUCAAGCGCCUUGUGUCGAUGGCCAUGGACAGGCAUGAUAAGGAGAAAGAAAUGGCGUCUGUUCUGCUCUCAGCAUUGUAUGCUGAUGUCAUCAGCCCUGCACAGAUCAGGGAUGGAUUUUUUAUGCUUAUUGAAUCUGCCGAUGAUCUUGCUGUGGACAUACUGGAUGCAGUUGAUAUCCUUGCUUUAUUCCUGGCACGGGCUGUUGUUGAUGACAUUCUUCCUCCAGCUUUCCUAGCUAGGGCAAGGAAGGCUCUUCCAGAGCCUUCCAAGGGUGCUCUGGUAGUCCAGACUGCUGAGAAGAGUUAUCUCUCUGCUCCCCACCAUGCGGAACUUGUGGAGAGGCGAUGGGGUGGUAGCACUCACAUCACUGUUGAAGAAGUGAAGAAGAAGAUUGCCGAUUUAUUAAGGGAAUAUGUGGAGAAUGGUGACACAUUUGAAGCCUGUAGGUGCAUACGUGAGUUGGGGGUUUCAUUCUUCCAUCAUGAGGUUGUGAAGAGGGCUCUAGUACUUGCCAUGGAGAACCGUUCAGCAGAACCACUGAUGUUGAAGCUACUAAAAGAAGCAGCAGAAGAAGGACUCAUUAGUUCCAGUCAAAUGGUCAAAGGAUUUUCUCGAUUGGCAGAAGGCCUAGAUGAUCUUGCUCUUGAUAUUCCAUCAGCUAAAGCCUUGUUUCUGUCAUUGGUUCCCAAGGCAAUAUCUGAAGGGUGGCUUGAUGCAUCAUUUGUGAAUCCUAAUGGUGACAAUGGAGAAAUUCAAGUUGAAGAUGAGAAGAUGCGGAAGUACAAAAAGGAAGCUGUAACCAUAAUUCACGAGUAUUUUCUGUCUGAUGAUAUUCCUGAACUGAUUCGGAGUCUUGAAGAUCUUGGUGCACCCGAGUAUAACGCAAUAUUUUUGAAGAAGCUAAUAACUCUUGCCAUGGAUAGAAAGAACAGAGAAAAGGAAAUGGCAUCUGUACUGCUAUCUGCUCUACAUAUAGAAAUUUUCUCAACAGAGGAUAUAGUUAAUGGUUUUGUCAUGCUUCUUGAAAGUGCAGAAGAUACGGCACUAGAUAUAUUGGAUGCUUCAAAUGAACUUGCUCUGUUCUUGGCUCGGGCUGUGAUAGAUGAUGUAUUGGCCCCUCUGAAUUUGGAAGAAAUCGCCAUUAGGUUACCCCCAAAGUGCAGUGGGACCGAGACGGUGCGAAUGGCACGCACACUCAUAGCAGCUCGUCAUGCUGGUGAGAGGCUGUUGAGAUGUUGGGGUGGUGGGACCGGAUGGGCAGUUGAGGAUGCCAAGGACAAGAUCAUGAAACUCUUGGAGGAGUAUGAAAGCGGCGGGGUUGUGAGCGAAGCUUGCCAGUGUAUCCGGGACCUUGGAAUGCCCUUCUUCAACCAUGAGGUAGUUAAGAAAGCUUUGGUCAUGGCCAUGGAGAAGAAGAAUGAUAGGAUGCUUGAUCUGCUGCAGGAGGGAUUCAGUGAGGGUUUGAUCACCAUCAAUCAGAUGACGAAAGGGUUCACCCGGAUCAAGGACAGUCUUGAUGAUCUUGCUCUGGACAUUCCAAAUGCAAAGGAGAAGUUUGGGUUCUAUGUGCAGCAUGCCCAGACCAAGGGUUGGCUUCUACCGUCAUUUGAUUCCUGUGCCACAGAGGUUUAGAGAGCCUGUGCAACAGAGGUCUAAAGAGAUGGCUUUCAGUCUCAUGCAUGUUGAUGUUGUUCUUUUAGCUCCCGACUGAAAUGUGUGGAUAAAAUCUUGGGAUCGUUUUACUUCUAAAAAUGUCCCUUUUUCUCUGUUCCUUUUAAACUUACCCUUUUCUUUGAAGCAUCAACUCACCGAUAGAGAUUCUUGUUAUCUCCGUCGCGUUGUAUAAAGUUGUUCCCAUUACAUUGACAUCUUUUUAGGACGAUGUUGCAUCAAUGAGGUAUUUUAGAAGGGUAGGGCAUAUAUUGUACUAUUUUUCAGCAUCGAUUCUCUUUUUCCCGUUAUGUUGAAUCAUUAAUUUAUGCCAUCGUCA